UUUAGUCGGACCGUUUUAUUUAUCGAUAAUUCCGUUGUCGUUCUUAAGUCGAUGUACUUAAGGGUGUUGUCCCAAAAAUUGUGUAUAUGUGUAUGUACAUAAUUACAUAUACACAAUAAACUGAAUUUUAUUCCAAACAGUUCACUAACACUAACCGGCGAUUAAUCAAAGUAUUUUGUGAGGAUUUCUAAGUUGUCAUAUAUCACAAAAUUAAAAUCGAAAUGGCGACAUCAAAUGCAACUGGAUCAGGAGUUGAAGGUGCAGUUUCUAUUGAAGUCCCUCAGCCUAACGCUGAAGUUAUCAGAGGACAGAUUUUCGAAGUCGGCCCCAGAUAUACAAAGCUUACAUACAUUGGAGAAGGAGCUUAUGGCAUGGUCGUGUCGGCCGAUGACACACUAACCAACCAAAGGGUAGCAAUAAAAAAAAUUUCGCCGUUUGAACAUCAGACAUAUUGUCAAAGAACUCUGAGAGAGAUAACUAUUUUGACAAGAUUUAAGCAUGAAAAUAUUAUUGAUAUUCGUGACAUCCUGAGAGUAGAUAGCAUAGAACAGAUGAGAGAUGUUUAUAUAGUACAGUGCUUGAUGGAGACUGAUUUGUAUAAACUACUCAAAACACAGAGGCUGAGUAAUGAUCACAUCUGUUACUUUUUGUACCAAAUAUUACGUGGACUAAAGUAUAUACACUCAGCAAACGUUUUACAUCGGGAUUUAAAACCAAGCAAUCUUUUAUUAAAUAAAACGUGCGACUUAAAAAUUUGCGACUUUGGUUUAGCUCGAAUCGCAGAUCCUGAACACGAUCAUACAGGUUUUUUAACGGAAUACGUUGCUACUCGGUGGUAUCGGGCACCUGAAAUAAUGCUCAAUUCUAAGGGAUACACAAAAUCAAUUGAUAUUUGGUCUGUUGGUUGUAUAUUGGCAGAAAUGUUAAGUAAUCGCCCAAUAUUUCCUGGAAAACAUUAUUUGGAUCAACUAAAUCAUAUUCUUGGUGUAUUGGGCUCACCAUCUCGUGAAGAUCUGGAAUGUAUUAUAAAUGAAAAGGCUCGAAAUUAUUUGGAAUCUUUGCCUUUUAAGCCAAAUGUUCCAUGGUCCAGAUUAUUUCCGAAUGCAGAUGCUUUAGCUUUAGAUCUUUUAGGAAAAAUGUUAACUUUUAACCCACAUAAACGGAUUCCUGUGGAAGAAGCUCUUGCACACCCCUAUUUGGAGCAGUAUUACGAUCCUGGAGACGAGCCUGUCGCCGAAGUCCCCUUUCGCAUAAACAUGGAAAAUGAUGAUAUAUCUCGUGAUGCCUUGAAAUCAUUAAUUUUUGAGGAAACUUUAAAAUUUAAAGAACGACAACCGGAACAAGCUCUUUAACAAUAGAUUAUAGAUAUAAAAUCAACAAUUUUUCUCUUUUCAAUGUUUCCUUUAGUAUUUUAUAUUUCAACCAAUUUUGUGAUUUAUCUAUUACUUAUUUCCAUUUUGUAUUAUUUUAUAAAAAUACAGUGUUUUAGGCUACUAAAUGUUACAACAAUUAUAUCAUAAAAACGUCUGUUAAAAAAAAAUAUUAAAAAAAAAAAACUUUAAUGCUAAAUGUAUAUUUCAGGAUCUAAUAUAUAUACAUUAUUGUUUCAUUUUAAUUUAAUAUUGUAAAAAUCUAAGUGUAGAACGGCAAGUCGGUAAAAAAUGUCAACUAUAUUCGAUCAAAAGUAUGUGAAAAGAAGAAUGCUACCAUAUUCUCACACCAAAUAAAAUGUAUACACUCUUAA